AUGACCGAAAUUUUACGGCUCACAUUGGGGGUUACUGUUAUAUUUUACGUGCAAUGUGCAAUUAUCGGAAACGAUGAAUUUGUAACCAAUGAAGAUAAUUUAUAUUAUCAAAAUAUUAACGAAAUAUCAAAUCUCAACACAGAAACAAUAAGAAAUAGUCGUAUACUAUGGCCUUAUCCUUUAGAUAAUAAGACGGAAACUGCUGAAAGUUUGAGCACGCAGGACGAAGUUACAGAAAAUAAAGAAGAUGUGAAGGUUAGAAAGAAAAGGUACCUGCAUUGGUCGUAUCCACAAAGUCCGAUUGUUGAUAUGAUGAUGCAGACUCUCGCGAUCAAUUAUUCUCCAGUGGUGUCUAAUGAUCCUUUUGAUGUUCUACGAGAUUCUUAUCCAUUGCCGAAAGGUUAUGAUAAACCUCUAGAAGAGUACGACUAUAUAAUUGUCGGUGCUGGUACAUCCGGCUCUGUAUUGGCUGCUCGGUUAACAGAAGAUAAACCUAGGGCAACGGUAUUGCUGCUAGAAGCGGGAAAGCCAGAAAUGCUUCUUUCAGACAUACCAGCAUUGACUCCGUACUUACAGCAAACGGACUACGUUUGGCCAUACACCAUGGAACAUCAACCUGGUGUUUGCCUAGGGAGCGAGGAGCAACGUUGUUAUUCACCUCAAGGUAAAGCUGUAGGUGGCACCAGUGUAGUUAAUGACAUGAUAUAUUCCCGCGGUCGGCCGCAAGACUGGGACAGGAUCGCAGCCGACGGCAACUACGGAUGGUCGUACGAGGAAAUCUUACCUUACUAUAAGAAAUCAGAAAGAUGUGAACUAAAAAAAUACAAAAACGCUCCAUAUCGAGGACGUGAUGGUGAGCUCACGGUUGAAAAUGUUCCAUUUAGGACUGGCCUUGUUGAGGCUUUUCUAGCGGCUGGAAGAUUGCAUGGUAAACCUACUGUUGAUUAUAAUUCACCAGAUCAUCUAGGUUUUGGAUACGUUCAAACGACUCAAAACAAGGGCCAUAGAUUGAGCGCCGCUAAAGCAUUUCUACAUCCGCAUAAAAGAAGGAAGAAUCUUCAUAUACUUACUGAAGCGAGGGUAACAAAAGUUGUUAUAGAACCACAACAUAAAAGAGCAUACGCCGUAGAAUAUCUUAAAAAUCACAUUAAAUACAAUGUACGAUGCCGUAGAGAGAUAAUUUUAUCCGCUGGACCCAUAGCCUCCCCUCAAUUACUUAUGCUAUCCGGUAUAGGACCUCGAGAGCAUUUACAAUUAUUAGGGAUUCCAGUGAUUACAGAUUUGAGAGUUGGAAAAACUCUUUAUGAUCAUAUAGCUUUUCCGGGGGUGGUAUUUAAAUUAAAUUCCAAUAACGCUAGCUUACUAGAGUCAAAGGUAGCCACAUUACCAAAUCUCAUGCAGUGGAUUCAAUAUGGAGAUGGGCUUAUGACAACACCGGGCCUAGUGGAAGCUGUAGGAUAUUUAAAAACUACAUUGUCAGAAGAUCGAGAUCAAGUGCCAGACGUAGAACUACUUAACUUAGGAGGGUCAAUAUCUUCAGACUCAGGUGGUGCUUUCAGAAAGAGUUGGAAAAUUUCAGACAAAACUUACUUAACCGCUUUUAGCCCUCUUCAUGGUUGUGAUACGUGGUCUGCUAUACCCAUUUUGCUUCAUCCAAAAUCUAAAGGCUACCUUGAACUUCGAAACAACAAUCCACUUUCUCUUCCGAAAUUAUACGGAAAAUAUUUCACAGAUCCAAAAGAUAUCGAAACACUUAAGGAUGCUAUUAAAUUUAUCAUUAAAUUAGGAGAGUCUGAACCUUUUAAAAAAUACGGUGCCCACUUGUAUUUACCACAAUAUCCCUCUUGCGCAAACCAUAUUCCCGGAUCGGAUAAUUACUGGGAAUGUGCUAUUAGAACAAUGAUGGUGUCUCUUCACCAUCAUGUAGGCACCUGUAAAAUGGGUCCACCUAAUGAUCCUGACGCUGUAGUUGAUCCAGAAUUAAGAGUGUAUGGUGUAGAAGGUUUAAGAGUUGUAGACGUUAGCGUUCUUCCCCGAACAAUUAGUGGACAUAUGAAUGCUCCUGCUGUUAUGAUAGGUGAAAAGGGAGCCGAUAUGAUUAAAAAGAUUUGGUCGAAUGUUGUUGCGUGA